CCUGCCACGGCCCAGAACUUCCAUUGGGUGGACAUCGACAAGUUUGAUGAGAACAGGUUCCUGGGCAAGCAGGAGGAGGCAGCGGUGGCCAGACCAUGCCCGGACCCUGGUGAGGCGGAUGGCCUUCUGCAGCAAGGGGGCGUGCUUCGAGCAUUCCGUUCAGCCUUGCAGAACUGUCCCAUCAACACCAAGAAUCAGGCCAUGAAGGAACGGUCCCAGAGCAUGGUGCUGAAAGUACUUACAGAUUUUAAGAGCAGAGCAAUUGAGCAGGCUGUGCAUUCACUGGACAGAAAUGGCAUUGACUUGCCAAUCAAGUACAUUUAUAAAGGGUUUGAGAAGCCCACAGAAAACAGCAGCGCAGUGUUACCCCAAUGGCAUGAAAAGGCAUUAGCAGUAGGAGGACUAGGCUCCAUUAUAGUUCUCACAGCAAGAAAGACUUUAAAAAGAAAAAAAAAAAGGACUCCUCUUAUCUUGAGAAGAAUUUUGGAUGCACAGGCUGAUGAAGAAGGGAUUGACACUGGACCAUCUUCCUAGGAAUUCCCAGCUAAACUAUUUCAGGACAUGCAUCCGCUGAAGUGUAUUUUAUUUUCAAGGUGGAGGGAGAAGUCGUCUGUUUCUUAAAUCCUUUGUAGGAUCUGAUAGUCUAUGCCUUUGUCCGCAAGUAACACAGAACUGAUGUUGCAACUGCCUGCUGGAGUGGCUGGCGCAUCUUGGCCAGGUGUCCAUGUGUGCUCUGCCUAUUUAAAAUGGAGGAGGGACUAUCUGAGCAGGUACAGAUCCAAGGGCUGUGGUAAAAGGCAGAGCCUUGUUUUUUUGAAGUAGUAAAACUUCCAGGAUUUGUACAGACAUCCCUGGGAAGAUGGGGCUCUCUUGGGUUCAUUGUAAAGUGCCUACUGCAUCAAUAAAGCUCUUGGCUUAUUAGAAUGUAAAAAA